AUGACUGCUAUUGCAAGCCCGGUUAAUCACGACAUCAUCUGUCAACGAUAUGUGUUGGAUGACCUCCAACUCUCUGAGACAUUCGACCUUCUUGAUGUCGACAAAGACGGUCGUCUUUCACGUAACGAGAUUGCUGCUCUUCUGAGAACCAUCAAUGUUGAGCCAACUCGUGUCGAAUUGGACUUCAUCUUUGGAGAGAUGGACACGGACAAGACUGGAAAAAUCAGCAAGGAAGAGUUCGUCAACUACAUGAAGUCUCCACCAAUUCAUAGAACCACUCUUCGCGAACUCGAAGUUCAGUUUCGCAAGUUCGAUUCGGAUGGUGACGGAGCUAUCACUGAAGACGAAAUGGCGGAAAUCCUUAGAAGCACCGCCGACUUGGAAGAUCGUGCUGCUAUUGGAGAUAUGUUCAAAGCCACCGACUUGAAUGGGGAUGGAAAGAUCACAUUCUUCGAAUUUGUCAAAAUGAUGCAAGAAUGA